AUGCAAAACAAUUUCGCAAGAAAAUCAAAUCUAACGAAACCACAUCCAGUUAGAUCUGGUGAAACAAAACAGGUACGGAAAGUUCCUACCAGAAAGAUUCCUUAUAGAGUUGGAUACACUUGGAACAAAGGUGGAAGACUCAAGGAGCUAAGAAUAAGGCACUUGGCAAGAAAGUUUCUAAAGAUAUGGAUGAGGCACACUUUUGGUCAAAUACUUGCUAAUGAAGCCAGCUCUUACUGCAAUAAUCGAAUACUGAGACGAACCUUUCAAGGAUGGAAGGACGAGUGGUGGACUACCAGGAGGGAGUGGAUUCUUACACUACGUGCAGAGUGCCACUACAGGUAUUACCUCUACAUUUGGGCAUUUGGUAGUUGGAGACAGUUUAUAUCUUUAAAGAAGGAGAAGAAGACUAAAAUGGAGAAUGCACAAUCAUUAGCUGGGAGGCGACUGAUGCAUCUGGUUUGGAAUAGAUGGAAAUCUUUCGUAGAGAUAAGGAGAAUUCAGAACAGAAUGGUUGAAACUGUUCUGGAGCAGAAGAGGAUCUCCACUAUGCACUCAGUUUGGAGUUUGUGGCGGACUAAUCUUCAGCAGCAACAAGACGUUUACAUAUUGGAGAACCAGGCUCUGAAUCAGAGGACACUAAGCUUGCAGAGAAAAGCUUGGUUUCGGGGGAAAGCGAUGCACAAAGCGGCUUGUUACCAGAAGGAGAAAGAAUCUAAAUCUACUCAUCAUUUCAUCCUAAAAUUGAAAAGAAGAACUCUCCAUCAGUGGAUAUGUUAUGCAUCCUGCCGCAAGGCCAAGAAAAAAUCUAAAGCAUUGGCUCAGCGUUCUUGUUAUCUGUACCUGGUGAGGAAGUAUUGGAGCGAAUGGUGUAACGCGGUGGAGCACAAACAGAGUGAAGAGACCUGUUUGCAAGCUGCAAGCCAUUUGGACAUUCACAGCACUCAGCACAGAGCCUUGAUGCACUUGAGAGCUUAUGUAAACCUGUACAAAGAAGAGACUGAAAGAAAUCAUUUAGCAAGUCAACAUUUCCCCCAUUGCUUACAGCGUGCUGGAUUGGACGGGUUGUCUUGCAACGACGAGUGGAACAGAGCAGACGGACUGAACAACAACAUGGCUGUCCAGCAUUGUCAACAAACAAUGAUAAGAAAGUACUGGAAACUAUGGCAGGACCAGUUGGAGGAAACUGAAAAUGAGAGUUCUCAACCACUGACAGAAAUGGCACUGAAGAGCUACAGAAGUUUUCUGCUGAGGAGCUUUUUUCACCACUGGAGAGAGAAACUUGGUGAACACAAACACAUGCAGGAACUCAAUCAUCAUGCAGACGUUUGGUUUAAGGGGCGUAAAUUGCCUCUAUGUUUUAAUUCCUGGGUCGAGUUUACUGUGCAGAGAAGGCUGUAUGAUGAAAGAAAACACAAGGCUGAAGUUUAUAAUCGGAGGCGUCAGUGGACCUGGGUGUUUUACACUUGGCGGGAAUUUUCCGAGAAACGCAAACAGGAGAUGCUCUCUGAGCGGAUGGCAAUUCUCCACGAGGAGCAGUGUCAUGUGCUGAAAGCUUGGACGCGAUGGAAGCAACGCACACAGCAGCAGAUCGAAGAAGCAGAGAAAUGGGAAGCAUCACACCAUUUGUACGUUCACAGACUCCUCCAAAAGACGAUGAUGCAGUGGAAGGACAACAGCACUGAGAUACGAGACAGAAGGAACAGAGAGCUGCAGGCCUGUCAUCACAGUGACCUGCGCUGCAUGAGACUGGCUUUUGAAAAAUGGAAAAAGUUUGUUCAGAGACGGAGAGAGAAAAAAAGCAGACUGACGGAGGUUCAGCGCUACCAUGAAGUUAAAAUUCUCAAAAACUCCUUUGUGGACUGGAAGAAACAUCAUUUGCAGAUGACUCAGGAUUAUGACCAUGCAAAGGACUUUUUCAGACGGGAAACUCUCAGGAAGGUUCUGACUGUUUGGAAGGAGAAAGCAGCACUGAGGGCUAAGGUUCAGAUUGCAGAGCAACAAGCACAGAACCACUUUCAGCAUUUUCUACAACUUAAGGUGUUUCUUGGCUGGAGAAAAACAACAACGCGUGCAGUGUCACAGCGCCAACAGCAGGGGGAAGCACUCAGAAGAGCUCGGUCAAUUCAUCAAGCGCGACUGCUGCAGUGUUUCAGACAGUGGAGGAGCCGAACCAGGAAGGCUCGUAGAGAAAGGAUGGAAAAAGCAAGCCAGCACCACUAUUCCGGCUCUGAAACUGUGAAAACAUGUAGCAAGUAUCUCUACCAGCACCAGAAAAACAAGGUGAUGAAAAGACAAGGCAUUUUGUUGCUCAAAUUAAAGAUGUACCAGAAGUACUUUGAACAAUGGAAAGUUAAGCUGCAGCACAGACAGAGGGAGACUAAGCAGACAGAGCAAGCUCUCUGGCACUGGUCCCUCACACUUCAGGCCAAGGUGUUGUUCAGAUGGAGGAUGUGUGUAACAGAGCAGCACAGCAAGCGAGAGCAAGCAGCCAGAGCUGCACAGGUUUACAGAGACCAACUGUUGAGGGAGGGCGUGACAUCCAUCCUCACGUAUGCAGCUCAUAUGAGUGAUCUCACUACAAACCUAAUGGAGUUCAGCCAACCGCAAAGGUCACAGUCUCUGCAGAAAGUCGUCAAACGUUGUGCCAUGCGAUGGAAGCAGCGAACCCUGGGUAGACCUCGACAAGGGCAAAAGGUUCUAGUGCAAGCACCAAAAAGGAGCGUGACCUUCUGUUUAACGCCACCUCUGUCGAACAGCUUUUCGUCAUCUGACUCAGUGGAGCAGGAGGCUGAAGAUGGAGCUCUUAGCAAGCACACUCAAAAGAAGUCUGGUGUCACAAGCACUGAAGCAACUUUAAAUCCUUUGGAGUUCAGCUAUCCGUCACACACAGAGCACCCUGCAGUGCCAUCCUGCCUACAUUUUUCUAAACAGCCUGUGUUUCCUUCUGAGCCUCACGUGUCCACUGUGGAUUCUUCAUUCAAAGCCCAGGGCCAAGACCUUCUGCCUCCAUCAGCUUUCACGAUCCCAAGGAGUCAGAAUAAAUUGGGGAGAUCCAGCAACCCAGAUCCUGGAGAAGCUCCAUUUAUGGGUUUUCAGCAGUCUUCUAUGUCAUUUAGGCAGCAUCCAUCAGCUCAUCCAGAGACAAACCUGAAAACAUCCAGCAUGAGAGCCGAGGAUCCUCAUGCAGAAGAUGCAUCAACGGAUCCAACUCUGACAAGAGAGCUUCUCAGCAUUCAUCUGGACAUGAAGAGCUUUCAACAGAGCAGAAAGCAACUUCGGAUGUGGCGAAAGCUAAGAGAGGUAUAUCAGAGUUGGUUGCAGAUGAGUAGAGAUGAGGAUGAACAAAUGGAGAAAAAGACUAUCUGUGAAGAUCUGAAGAAGCUGGAAGAGCGCAUCCAAAGGCUUUCCACUGAGCUGGAAAAAAGGAAACCAACCAUGCAGCUGCAUGUAGACAGAAUCCAACAUCUACAGUCGGUUCUGCACACCUCAGGAAUUUAUUCUCUUGUGAAAACAUAA